UUAUUUAGAUGUACGAUGAAAGCUGAUAAAUAUCUUCCCAAAAGAAAAAUAUCUAGGCAAUUAAGCUACAUAGUUGGUGAGCCCUAGCUGGUAUUAAUUCCAAUUAAUUCAAUCAGAUCGAAGAGAACAUCGAAUCAAAGUAGGGCAGAAAAGCAAAAGUGAAGAUCGAAAUCAAUCAAGGAAUUGAAAUGGCAUGCUGCGGCGGCAAACCAAACCGAAGCGAUGUUCAUCUGUCGGCGCAGGAAGAAGCUGCAAUGGAGGAAGCCACCAGGAAGCACUUCGAUGACUUAGCUCCAAACCGCCACUCUAAACCACACAGAAGCGAUUACUCUUCUACGUAUACGGAUACCUAUUUCAAUCGCGUUCAUGGAGACGGCGAAAUCCCUGAACUCCUUCAAUUUCAACGCCUCGAAAAAGAUCAACAGAAAUUAUGUUAUAGUGAAGGCCAAUUGAGGGAGGAAUUUGUGGAAACUGAGUAUUACAAGGAUCUGAAUUGCGUUGACAAGCAACACCACACGACUGGAACAGGAUUUAUAAAGGUGGAGGGGGCAUUGCCGAAUUCCUUCAAAAUAGAACCUGAUUCUGAUGCCGAGUUUCAUGCCUCCUGCAAGGGAAAUCCGGCCACCAAUGAAUGGAUUCCGGCUCCCGCCGAUGCAAUCAACUUUAUCUCAGACAAACCAAGUAGAAGUGACAAUUGAAAGAAGAGUGAGACGUUUAGUGUGAGACGUCUAAUGUUACAAUUCUGCAUUUUCCGAUGAACUUCAAUGUAUUGCUAUGACAAUAAUUACAUUUAGAAUAAUUCCUGUGAUUUCUAAAUAUUGUAUUGGUAGUAUUUCACAAUCUAUGUAUUCAUGUUCCUCCAACUUAUAUUUAAAUUAUUCUCCGUAUCUUUUUUAUUGAAAUGAUAAA